CGCAGUUUAUCGCACAUCUUUUAGUUACAACAAAAAGCGAUGUGGGCGUAGGUUUGGGAGUCUGGUCUGCAAAUGUAGUUAUUGAUUGACGAUUAGUGUUUAUUUAAUUACCAUUUAAGUUGAUUUGUGGGAGAAAGAGGAGCGAAGGUGCAUGUCGCGUUGAAUGGUAACGAAAGAAUGGGAACUUCUUCAAGUCGACAUGGGGACCUUGCUUCCAACGAAUACCUCGAAAAAUUUGCCAAGAAAGAGCAUAUGUCGCCGAAUGAACCGUUUUGGAAUAGGUUUUUAUCAUUUUCUUUCACACCUCCAGCGACCAGUUUGGAACAUCAUGCACUAGAUGAAAGGAUUGAUGCGACUUGUCAGCAGUUACUUGCAAACAAUCUGCAUUCUGGUAAUUUUGGCUCACUGCUUCAUGUUUUCUUUAGUCGAGCCUCGGAGCUGCUUGCCUCAGCACAGACUGACAAUAAUAUGUUCAGUUGGCAGGCUUACAAUGCGCUAUUCAUACUUCGCUGUGUCACCAAGUUCUUCGUGGAGAAUUUGAAAGAAGAGGAUUUGGUGCGGCAGUUCGAGGCUCGCCCACUUCAGCAGGCCGAUGGUAAACAUCGAGAAGAUGAAAAUGUGAACCGGCUGGAAGUGUUCCUGGACUCCCUUAUAGAGAUAGUAGUCGAUGUGCCUGUCAAAGACUUCACAUACCCAUUACAUUUAGAAGCUGUCAACUGCCUGCUAGUGCUGCUGUCUGUACAGAUGUUCUCACAACGACCCGCUUCAAAGUCCUGUAUUUACAGGAGUCUUAUGCAAGGUCGCUACUCGAUACAUGCUCCAUUACUUGUCAAGACACUACUUCAGCACUUUAUCAGUCAAGACAAGGCACCUCCAGGCCUAUACAGAAGUACUGGAGGGGGCAGUAUAGUGAUCGGUUUGGCUUCGGAACUAUGGAACAUACUGACAUUUGGGAUGAGUCGUGGAGCAACAUCUCAAGUGCCAUCUGAUGGUGUGACUGUGGCGAAGCCUAGUGAAGUGUCAGAUUUUCCACUGGCAAACCAGGCCUUGCUGUUGGUACUUGUGCUAGUGAACCACUGCACAGUUGACAAGACCCUCCACAACCCAUAUCGACAAGCACUCUUCUCAUGUUCCAAUUCACUAGAUCCAUGCAGUGAAGCAACACCAACGAGGGCAGCUGCAACCUUCAAACUGGACCUGAGCCGCUUAUAUGCAACGUUAUGUCAUAUACCAAGCUCCGAUGAGACCACUCUGCUUCUCUACCUCCUAGUUCACCGCAACCGGCAUGUAAAGACAUAUAUCAUGGCCCGCUCAGACAUAGAAAUGUUGGUAGUACCCAUACUGAAGACUCUAUACCAUGCUCCAGACAGCAAUUCUCAUCAUAUAUACAUGUCACUUAUCAUCCUGCUCAUUCUCAGUGAAGAUGACCUCUUCAAUAAGACUGUACAUGAAACAAUUUUGAAGGGAGUGACAUGGUACACAGAACGCUCAAUCUCUGAGAUCUCGUUGGGUGGACUGUUGGUGCUUGUGGUUAUCCGAACCAUUCAGUACAAUAUGCUUAAGAUGAGAGACAAGUAUCUCCACACCAAUUGUCUGGCUGCACUUGCCAACAUGUCAAGCCAGUUUCGAUCACUACAUCCAUAUGUUAGUCAGCGUUUAGUUAGCCUGUUUGAGGCACUUGCAAAAAAACAUAGUCGCCUUGCAGAUCAAAUUCAACAGCAGGACUCAGGAGCACCCCCUGUCACAGUUGUUCAUGUGGAAGACACAGAGCAGCCAUCAGACGUGGUUCAGGACCUUGGCGUGUUAGAGGAGGUGCUCCGUAUGGUCUUGGAGAUCAUAAAUUCAUGCCUGAGCCAUCAACUGGCACAUAACCCUAAUUUAGUGUACACGCUCCUGUACAAGAAACAUGUGUUCGAACCAUUCCGCACUCACCCUGCCUUCCAGGAUAUUGUGCAGAAUAUUGAUGCUGUGAUCCUGUACUUCUCAAACCGGCUGGAUCAAGUGCAGAAGGACUUAAGUGUAGGUGAAGUCCUGACCACUAUCCAGCAUGGAGCCCUUCAAUGGCCAAAGGAGAGGCUCAGGAAAUUCCCAGACCUGAAGUUCAAGUACGUGGAAGAAGAUCAGCCAGAGGAUUUCUUUAUCCCAUAUGUAUGGUCUUUGGUGUGCCAGUCUUCCGGGCUGUACUGGAACCCAGCCCACAUCAAACUAUUUGCUGCAGAUAGUGGUUCCCCCUCAGUCUGUUGAUUGUUGUGAAAGCCAGUGAUUCUUAAAAUACCUUUGUGACCAUAAUUACUGACAAACUGUCAACAUCAUUGCAUAACCAUAUUCUGUGUAUGCCAGUAUAUACUCAGCAUGAUCGAGUUACCUGAACUGUCAUGGACGUAGUUAGUGGUUGUCAUGUUCAUCAAGAUCAUUUCAUAUUCAUCUUAGAUAUAUCAUAUAUAUUCAAAUACAGAAUGAGAUUUAAAUCUAAACCCAUACAAUCAGAAGCAUAUUGAAAGAAAGCAAGUAAUAUGAAAAAUUAUUUUAUGUAGUAAAUACUUACACUGUUACACCUUUUCCUUGGCAUGGCUGUGCCAAGUCUGUAUUAUUUGUUGCCAUUCUCUUCAGAUUUUUGGCAUUUAUUAAGACUGGUUACUGGUUAGAAAGCUGUCACAUUAUUUUAUGUUUACAUUUAUACCAAACACACACCAGUGGAACAUCAUCUUCAUUCUUUUGAUAACCUUUUUUAUUUUUCCCAAAGAGAAGUUUAUAUAUCAUCAUAAUUAACUGCUUUCAGUUAAUACAGUAACAAACCUCGCUGAGAGACCAAACAGAAUCUACUUGACUGCAUAAUACAAAAUGUUGACUGUAUCAAGUUUCCUGUGUGAUUUUGAAGUUUACAUGAUGCUGCACGUUCAUGAUUUUGUUUCAGUAUUCUGUGGUGUCAAAAAUAUCAGACCACUGGGAUGGUUUUAUUUUUUUAACAUGGUGGAAAACUCAAACCACCCUGGAACGAAGAUUUCGGUUGUUUUACAGAUUGUCAGGCCAGGAAAUGAACCUCACCUUGUGUUUAGGUGACUACUGCACAGCCAUUUGAAAUAUCUAUCCCUGGAAGAGAAAAUUUUAAUGAUUUAAUUAUAUGAAAUUAAAUGGAAGAGUACACUUUUAUCAAAUAGAGCCCUGCAUGCACACAUAAGAUGGCCAAAAAAGCCUGAAGGUUCUUGUGGUAUUGGUAAUGAACCUUUGGGUUCCAUAAAAGGCAGGGAAUUUCUUGAGCAGCUGAGCAACUAUUAGUUUCUCAAGAAGAGGUUUUCCAUGGAGAUAGUGGCUAUACAACAGAAUCCCAGGAGACUUAAAGAUUUGGUAACAUUUCUGUGUUGUACAGUAUCUCAUAUCUGGAUAGAAAUUGUGCAUAAUAGAGAGAUUCUCAGCCUGUAAUAUUUUGCAUCCCACUUGUCAGUCCCACAGUUCCACUACAGUGACAAUGGUCUCCUUUUUGCAGAAAGUGUAUUUUUACAAUUGGAUACAUUUUAAUACUAUAUUAAUCAUUAAUGGACUUGAGUACAACAUUAA